AUGGCGAGCCAACAACCAACCCAGCAGAAGGUCUCGAGCGAAGACAUCAUCAGCCAGAAGACCGACCUCUGCAUCAGCAAUGCCAUCGUAAAGACCGGAAUCGGCUUCAGCGCCGGUGUCGUCCUCUCCGUCCUCCUCUUCAAGCGCCGCGCCUUCCCCGUCUGGCUCGCGACCGGCUUCGGCAUGGGCAGCGCAUACACCGACUGCGAGCGCUCCUUCAACCCGGUCGCCGUCCCCGGCAUCCGCGUCGUCCCCUCGGGCCCCUCUUCGGUCUCGGCCUCGUCCAACGCGCCCCAGACGACGUUUGAGAAGCUGCAGCAAAAGGCAGGCGAGGCGUUUGGCGCCGCAAAGGACAAGGCGGCCGCCGGCGUCGAAAAGGCCCAGGACAAGAGCGCCGACCUCGCCGAGCGGGCGCAGGACAAGGGCAGGGAGGCCGUCGAAAAGGCAAAGGCCGAGGGCCAGAAGCUCGAGGAAAAGGUACGCAGGGUCUGA